AGCUAGAUGCUGUUCCAACAGCCAGGGACAGGUGGGAGAGUCCCCCAAGUUUCUGCUGCUCUCCAAGACCACACUCGUCAAGGAAUGUGUCUGCCCACUGACCAGUGUUGGUUUCCUCCCCUCUCCCCGUCUCAUUGCAGGACACAAUGGGCUGGUGGCUGUGAGUACCUCCCCCUCUGCCUGCUUCACCGGCCCUGGGCGCGUGGCUCUCAGCAGGCGUGUGAGGAAGCGGGCAGGAUGAGGGCCACGGGAGAGAAGGAAGGAGGCUAGUCCCUCUCCCUGGUGCCAGCCGGUGGCUGGGUUGAUGGACAUCUGCGGUAGUUAGGGAGGAUAGCAGGGACUCCCUUUCCUCUCCUCCCCUUAACACACGUGGAUUUCCCCCAUGACCUUGGGAGAGUCCAGGAGCUUUAAGAAGCCAGAUGACGGAAAGGUGGGAAAGCAUAUGUCUGGCAUAUGCUGGGAGACAUGUUGGAGCCUGGGGAUUAGGUAACUGGGGCUGGGGGGCCCUGACUCUGGAUUAUGAGCAGUCCUUGUGUACAGAGCCCUGUGCUCCCCAGCUGGGUCUAGGCCCCAUACCAACCUGGGCCACCCAGCAGCUACACAGUCCAAGUGUACCCUAGAGACGGUGAAGAAGAAGAGGAGGCAGGGCCCCCCCCAACACAGCUGGCUUCUGUCCCAGGCUGAGCCGAGCCAGGGUUACCCAAAGGCUGUGCUUCUCACACCUGAGCCCAUGUACCCCUAGGAGGCCACAGCGUGUGCUAGAGGCUGUUCAGGUCACAAGACAAACACAGAACAUCUUCCUGAAGCAGUGGCAGCUCUAGAACCUCAGUAUAGAGGGACUUAGCAAUGUGGGGGCGCUAUGAGACUUGUGUUAAAUCUUCAUACUUUCCCCGACAUAUCAGUUUUACUUGAACAUUUUACAGGGGACAUUAUGUAUCUCAACUGACCAGUAAUUUAAAACCUCCAUUUUAUAUUAAUAUAAACACGGGUUCACCUCCCAGCUCUUCCGCUUUCCAUCUGUGAAGGUUAAGGCGCGUCGCUUAGGCUCUCUGAGCCACAGUAAAUGAGAAUAAAGACGCCCACCCUCACCAAGUUGCUGCGAAGGGAGUAGAUGAUGUGCUUCGAGGGCCUGCCACACAAAGCCUGACACAAACGGUGGCUCUUAUUACUGGAGGUUUCCAGCCCAAGGGAGGAUAGUGUCGGUGCCCUUCAGAGACUCAGGCCCAGCCCUGCGGUUGGUGGAGUGGGGUGGCGCCUUGCUGCAGCAGGGAGAGCACAGCGUGCGGACCAUGGGGUGUCGGUACAAGGGUGUCAGGAGGCGCCUAUUCUAGGGAUCGGGCUUUGGUUGGAGGAUUUGGGGGAGAGUCUAGGGAAGUCUAGAUUGGAUGCAGUCAGGAAGCGGGACAACCCUGUGACUGGGCAUCUCGAUAAAUCUUACCUGCAGGGAGGGGGACUGGUGUGAGGAGAGCCGUAAUUGGUAAAGAAGCAGCAGUCGCUCACCUUGGCCAAGAGAGAGAGGAUGUUUGGUACUUUGUGGGUGGGCAGAGACCUUGUUUUUGUCUGUGCUUAGACAAAACUGUGAAGUGGGCUCGCUCUGUCUCAUUUUAUCAUGGUCUCAGACUCCCCUUGUCCGAGGUUGUCAUUCUCACAGGAGAAUAACACGGCUUACCCUUGAGGGCCAGGCCAUUUUCUGAAUGUUGGGGGCUGCUCUUUUUCUUUUCUCAUUAGGAUGUGUCUGGAGUAUAGAUCCUGGGUCAGACCAUCUGGGUUCAGUUCCCCACAUCUCUACUCAUCAGCUGCAUGAGCAUGAGACAAGCUGUUCGCCUCACUGAGCCCCAGUUUCCUCAUCUGUGAAGUGGGGGGAAUCAUAGUGCCUCCCUCCGGCAUGGUGGGAGGAUGGAAUGAGAUGGUCCACUGCAGUAUCUGGCACACAGCAGUUGCCAAGUGAACUUUCUAAAAAGUCUGACUUCUGAAUUACACCAUCCCUAUGGUCACCUUGGUGGUGCUUGUGGGACCAGCAUAGACUCAGGACUGGACUAGUUCCAUUCAACAAAUGUUUAUUGAUUUCCCACUAAAUGCUAGAGAAAAUUUAAUAAAACUCCUCCAUCAUUUGUUCUCCCAAAUAAAGCCGUGCUGUAAUCAUAGCUUCAUUCAUUGAGCACGUCCUGUGUGCCAGGGACAGUGUAAGCCCCUUUUAGGGACCAGCUCAGUGAACCCUCACAGCACCUGUGAAGCAGGCAAAGUGGGUAUUAUCAUCAUCAGCCCCAUUUUUGCACACAAGGAAACUGAGGCCAGAUGGAUCAGGUACUGAGGCUGCCCCACCAGGGGGAGAGGGGAGUAGACCCUGGGCGUCUGGCUCAGCACUCACAGGCAAGCUCCCUGUGCUGCUCUCGGGGCUGUGAGGGAGGUGAGGCCGCCCUCGCCUGGAGGAGAUAGGCACCCUGGGCAGGGCUGGGCAAGUGCAGUAUGAGUUCACAGAGGCACCCAGGCCCUGCGGGAGGGAAGGCCGCCUUCGGCUGGGAAGUGGAGGGGCAAGAGCAGUCAUGUGGGAUCUUAGAAGACAUCUGGGAAAGUGGGAAUCUACAGGGGAAGCAAGGGGAUGGCAUUCCCAGAGGCGGGAACAACCUGAGCCUAGGGGCCGCAUGCUGGCCCUGUAGUGAGGACCCUGAGAUGGCAGAUCGGCCCCCAGGGAUACAGGGAGGGCCCUGUGUGCGCCCCCAGGCGGCGUACCUGCAGAGACUGGGGGUGAACACGGCAGUCUUCGAGAGACGCCACGUGAUCGGGGGCGCAGCUGUCACCGAGGAGAUCAUCCCAGGGUUUAAGUUCUCCCGAGCGUCCUACCUCCUCAGCCUGCUGAGGCCGCAGAUUUACACCGACCUGGAGCUGAAGAAACACGGGCUGAGGCUUCAUCUUCGAAACCCCCACUCAUUCACCCCGAUGCUGGAAGAGGGUGCAGGGAGCAAGGCACCCAGGUCUCUUCUGCUGGGCACAGACAUGGCAGAAAACCAGAAGCAAAUUGCCCAGUUCUCACGGAAGGAUGCCCAGGCCGCAUCCUGGGGGCCCAGCUGCCCCAGUACUACCAGGUCCUCACAGCUCCAAUCACCAAGAUACGUGCUACUACAUCACGUGAUGGGGGGCCUGGAGGGGAUGCAGGGAGCCUGGGGCUACGUCCAGGGUGGCAUGGGCGCCCUCUCUGAUGCCAUCGCAAGCUCAGCCACUGCGCAUGGAGCAAGUAUCUUCACUGAAAAGACAGUGGCCAAGGUGCAGGUGAGCAGUGGAGGGCGUGUGCAAGGAGUCGUGCUACAAGAUGGCUCCGAGGUGAGGAGCAGAGUGGUGCUGUCCAACGCGUCACCGCAGAUCACCUUCCUGAAGCUGACGCCCCAGGAGUGGCUUCCUGAGGAGUUCGUGGAAAGAAUCUCCCAGCUAGACACCCAGUCCCCUGUUACCAAGAUCAAUGUGGCUGUCGACAGGCUGCCUGACUUCCUGGCAGCCCCCAACGCUCCCAGCGGCCAGCUGCUGCCCCAUCACCAGUGCUCCAUCCACCUGAACUGUGAAAACACCCUCCUCCUCCAUCAGGCCUUUGAAGAUGCCAUGGGUGGCCUGCCUUCCCGCAGGCCUGUGAUUGAGCUCUGCAUCCCUUCCUCGCUGGACCCCACCCUGGCUCCCCCCGGCUGCCAUGUCGUCUCCCUCUUCACUCAGUACACUCCCUACACCCUGGCUGGAGGCAAGGUCUGGGACGAGCAGGAGCGGAACGCCUAUGCAGACAGAGUGUUCGAUUGCCUCGAGGCCUACGCCCCCGGCUUCAAGAGCUCCGUGGUGGGCAGAGACAUCCUCACUCCGCCUGACCUGGAGAGAAUCUUUGGGCUUCCUGGCGGGAACAUCUUCCACUGCGCCAUGGUCCUGGACCAGCUCUACUUUGCCCGCCCCGUGCCCCUGCACUCCAGCUACCGCUGCCCUCUCCGGGGCCUGUAUCUCUGCGGAAGUGGGGCCCAUCCUGGAGGAGGUGUCAUGGGAGCCGCUGGACGCAAUGCAGCCCACAUGGUCUUCAGGGACCUCAAGAGCAUGUGACCCUGAACCACCUCUGACCCAGGAAGAAGAAUUCACCUUUGCAAUUUUAAGUUCCCAUUGGGUCAGCUUCCCAGGCUGUGGCUGGAGGCAGAUGUCCUCAAGCUCCAGCCGCUAUUUUAGAAGAAACGUACAUGAUGCAUGCGGUAAUAGUUAACCUUGUGCCCAUGACUUCAGGAAUGAACUGAUUUUGUUUUAUUCAAAACAAUAUUUUAUAUAAAUAGUUUGCAUUUUUUCCAUAUAUUAGUAGCACAGGUAAUAUGUCAUAAUUAUGUAAUCACGUAUGACUGUAUAAUAAUAUGUGGGAUAAACUUGUCCAGGAUUCUCAGUGUCCUCACAACACCACCUCCAAAGAGUCCAUUCGACCAACAAGCAUCCCCCCUUCUCCCUGCUGGGCCCCCCACCCACUGAUGGGGGCGCUGCCCUGGUGAGGCCCAGGCUACUGCUGUCACAGUCCUGGCCAACUAUAAGAAAGGACCCAAUUCCCCAUGACCCAUAAAGUCAUCCACCGGCCCCACGGGUCUGAACAAUGCUUGGCAUCUCAAGCCAUCAGAACCACCAGAGUCAGGCAAACCGCAGUCAAGGGUGAGUGCAGAGUGGAUGCAGCUGAGGGCCACCUGAGAGCCCACAUCCUGAUUCUAGAGCAUUCAAUCUCUUACUUCCCAUGAGCAAGCCAUACCUGUCACAUCACUAAAAUCUUCCCACAUAAACCUAUGUUAUUCUAAAGUGAGGUGGGUUGUCACUCUUGGUCAGAAAGAUUCAUACAAAUAUCCCCAUAGUAAUGCAACUCUCUCAGCCAGCCUCUCCAAUCCCAGCAGCCAAGGCUGUGGUCCAGAGGGCCCCACUGGCAGAGGAGGAGGAAGGUGCUCUGGGGCAUCUCCUCACUCCUUUCCCCAGGGAAAUUUAUAGAGAUUAAGAUAUACCCACCUCAUUACUUAACCUCGCUAAACUCAGAUUUCUCAUCUGUAGAAGAGUUGUUUUAAAGAUCAAAUAAGACAACAGGUCAUGUUUUGGUCCAGUAUCUGGCACAUGAUAAGCAUUCAGUACGUGGUAGUGGUCUUGCUGCUAAUAUUGUUGGUGACAAUGUUAUUGUCAUUUUGUAUUCUGCAGAAGGCAGUCUUUUCAAUAUUCUUUUUUCAACCUGGCACCCAGAGUUGAAACCCGCCCGCUGGAAGCAGUGCAACCAGGGCAGGGCAAUCGCUGGAUCCA